AUGCCAGGAGACCUCAGCCCAGGAACUGGGAUUGCAGAUAUGCUGGAGGACCUGGAGGAAAGUGGUGUGGCCAAAAGGGCAUGGGGUGCUGUCUGUGUGGAAGAAAUGAGAAGGGAUGUCCAAGGAGGCCUGGAGCAAGGUCAGGGUGAGCAGAUCACGGAGCCACUGGGAAAGGGUCUGGGAAAGACAGGGAGGAGCCCGUUGGACUUCAACGUAGGUCAAAGAGUGCCUGAAGAACCCAGGAGCAAGGAUGUGUGCCAGAAGAAAAAGCAGAAUCCAUGCACUGAGUGUGGAAAUAGCUUUGAAAAAGAUUCCAGCAUCAUUAACCACCAGUGCAUUCGCUCAUCAAUGAGCCCAAACAAGUCCUCUGGGUGUGGGAAGAGCUUCAAGAGCUGUUCUGCAUUGAAGCUGCACAAGCGCAGACACACAGGACAGAGGCCGUUUCAGUGUCCUGAGUGUGGGAAGAGAUUCAGAAGCAGUUCUGAAUUGAAGCUGCACCAGCGCUUCCACACAGGGAAGAGACCCUACGAGUGCUCUGAGUGUGGGAAGAGCUUCACAAUCAGUUCUAAUUUGAAGAGGCACCAGCGCAUCCACACAGGGGAGAGACUCUACAAAUGUGAAAAACCCUACAAGUGCUCUGAGUGUGGGAAGAGCUUCACAAUCAGUUCUGAUUUAAACAGGCACCAUCUCAUCCACACAGGGGAGAGACCCUACAAGUGCUCUGAGUGUGAGAAGAGCUUCAGAAGCAGUUCUGAAUUGAAGUCGCACCACCUCAUCCACACAGUUGAAAAACCGUACAAGUGCUCUGAGUGUGGGAAGGGCUUCAAGAGGUGUUUUGAAUUGAAGCUGCACGAUCGCAUACACACAGGAGAGAAACCAUUUCAGUGUCCUGAGUGUGGGAAAAGCUUCACAAACCAUUCUGAUUUAAAGAGGCACCAACGCAUCCACACAGGGGAGAAACCUUACAAAUGUCCUGAGUGUGGGAGGAGCUUCAGAAGCAGUUCCCACCUAACCUACCACAAGCGCUUUCACACAGGAGAGAGACCCUAUAAGUGUCCUGAGUGUGGGAAGAGCUUCAAAAGCAGUUCGGAAUUGAAGCACCACAAGGGCAUCCACACAGGAGAGAGACCUUUUCAGUGUCCUGAGUGUGAGAAGAGCUAUAAAAGAAGGUCUAAUCUCAACAUCCACAAGCACAUCCACAGCGCGUGCAGGCUAUAG